CAUGCAUUUCCGUUUCUAUAAAAUAGAAAAAUUUAUCAGAUAUUUAGUUUACUUUGAAUUCGUGUAGCAGCAAGAACAAAAUGUAUUUGUGGACGGCACAACUUUUUAUUUUUUUCUUAUUCAACUCUUUUAGUUAUUCUACUGCAUGUCCUUCUAAAGAUGAAUAUGCACAGACAUUUUUUGGUAAAAUUGCCAACUGGUUUAGAAAUCUGAAAGACCGAAUCGUUGGAAUUUUUAAUGGCUCUUCACCACCAACACCACAAGACGAUCGCGGAAUAACUACUAAUUCAAAUACAGCAAACAAUUCUCCUGAUUCUCCAUCACUUAAUGAGAAAUCGCCAGAAAAUGAUGUCGAAAAAAAUACAUUUGAGACUUCUACUACAACAGAAUCCGUCACAAGUUUAUCGAGUGAAAAAUCUAUCGAUGAAAAUACUGAAAUAAAAGAAACUAGUAGCACUCCUAAAGCUCCUCAAUCUGCAGAGGUCAUCGAACCAUAAAAUUAAAUAUUAUUUAAAUAAUGCUUAUUGAAAUAAAAUGGAGUUUAUUGAAUAAAAUUAUACAGAAUUAUU